AUGACCGAUAACAAGCCCGCUGGUGGGAAUGAUUCCGACUUCGACCGUGGCCAGAACCAGGUUCUUGAGAACACCGACGGCCUUCACAGGCGCCUCAAUAAUCGUCAGAUCCAACUCAUCGCAAUCGGUGGCUCUAUAGGAACCGCGCUCUUCAUUAGCAUUGGCAGCGGGCUGGCUAGUGGUGGUCCUGCCAGCUUGUUUAUUGCCUACACGCUCUACUCGGGCGUCCUGGGCCUCGUGAAUAACUGUAUCGCCGAGAUGAGUACCCUGAUGCCCAUCAGUGGUGGUUUCAUUCGGCUGGCCGGUCUCUGGGUCGACGACGCCUUCGGGUUCAUGGCUGGCUGGAACUUCUUCCUCUACGAAGCCCUCCUUAUCCCUUUCGAGAUCACCGCCAUCAACCUCGUCCUCUCUUUCUGGAAUCCUGUUGUUACUGAGCCCGGCCCCACCGCCGGAAUCUGCGCAGCCGUCAUCGUCUGUUAUGGGCUUAUUAACGUACUUGCUGUCCGCGGGUACGGCGAGGCAGAGUUCUGGCUCUCUGGUGGCAAGUUCAUUCUCAUUUGCCUGCUCUUUGCCUUCACUUUCGUGACUAUGGUUGGCGGCAACCCUCAGCAUUGGGCCUAUGGCUUUACUUACUGGAACAACCCGGGCCCAUUCGCUGAACACCAUACGAAGGGGAACCUCGGUCGCUUCGAAGGCUUCUUGGCAUGUCUGUGGUCUGCUUCAUUCUGUGUAGUCGGCCCCGAAUAUAUAUCCAUGGUUGCAGCCGAAGCGCAACGACCCCGUCGGUAUAUUAAGAAUGCCUUCAAAACAGUCUAUUGGCGGUUUGGAUUCUUCUUCAUCGGCGGCGCACUUUGUGUCGGUAUCGUCCUGCCGUAUGACGACCCGACGCUACAGGCGCUGCUGGGUGGUGGUACUGCCUCGUCCUCGCCAUACGUCAUUGCUAUGAAGAAUUUGGGCAUUGGGGGCUUGCCACACUUGGUCAACGCACUUAUCCUGACUUCUAUCUUCUCGGCUGGCAAUACGUACACGUAUGCGGCUACCCGAUCUCUAUAUGGCCUGGCCCUCGAGGGCCGUGCUCCUAAGAUUCUGGCUAAGACAACAAGGAAUGGCGUGCCCAUUACUGCCUUCGCCGUCGUCAUGUGCUUCCCCUUUUUGUCCUUUCUGCAGGUUUCGAGCGGCUCGGCGACCGUGCUGACAUGGCUCGUCAAUCUCAUCACUGCCGGCGGCAUCAUCAACUACAUCAUCAUGACGACCACCUACAUCUUCUUCUACAAAGCGUGCGAGACGCAGGGCGUCGACCGCAGGACGUUCCCCUACCGGGGCUGGUUCCAACCGUACGGCGCAUACUUCGCGCUCGCCUUCGAGACCCUGGUACUCAUCUUCUAUGGCUACAGCUCCUUCACACCGUGGAGCGUGGACAACUUCUUCACGUACUAUACGAUGGUCAUCGUGGCUGUCGUGCUCUUCGUCUUCUGGAAACUCUUCCGGCGCACCUCGUUCGUCCGGCCCCGCGAGGCUGACCUCAUCUACCAGCGGCCCGUUAUCGACACCUACGAGGCCAGCUUCCUGCACCCACCGGUCUCCUUCUGGCGCGAGUUGCUCGGCUUCUUUCGCUUCAAGAAGGACAGCAACAUUGAUGAGAACGCCCCGGGGGCGGUCAGCACGUGA